CACAGACUUCGGCUGGUGCGUAACAGGUUUCCCCAGUCUUUCUUGAGCCAGCAGCACCUUCUGGCUUGCAAGCGUGUGAGAUCCAACCGCAGAAUUGCUGCAUUUCGCAAGACUCAAAUCUGACGUAAUUCCAGUCAACAGCAGCUCGGAGUGAUUGUAAUUUUACUCGUGCCUUAUAUUGGUUACUAUAAAUUUGGUAGGGAAUUGACCCGAAAAGGGAUCUGUUGGUGCUAUAUUAAAAGUGAAGUGGUUGUAGCUACGUAAGGAAGCAGGAUCCAGUUUCGAGUUAUUGGGUUAACACCGCAAUGUUAAUCGGCAAUCGUGAAGGUUAAUGCGCUAAAGGCUGUUUGAGAUCGAAUUCGAAUAACCAUACCAAGGAAAGAGUCUCGAAUAUUGUGAAAAAAAGUGCAUAUCGAAUACGAUUGAUUUUUUAAGUGUGUGCAUUCCAGUGCUUGUGUAAGAGGCAAAUUAAAAAUGGAAGUUGUUUGGAGAUUCCGAAUUAUUUUCGCUAUGGCUUUUGCUGUGAUCAUUUUUGGAGAUCUACUUGGAUACGGUGGAGCAAAGAAGGAGCAGAAGGACAAGUCACUACUUACGGGCUUCUCCACUGAAUUUGAAGGCAGCAAUCACAAUCAAAUUGAUGCCAGCACUAGAUCAAACCACGAUAAUGAGAUUCCCCCGGUGGCAUUGAGUAAAAACACCGCACAGCAGAACUACAAAAGUGGCAGCAGCAGCACCGAAUCGGCCGCCCACAAGGAGCGGCUGAAGAACUCCCUACGCGAGGCAUGCCUCCCGAAGCUCCUGUGUGAGAUGGCCGCCAAACCCAACUACUCGUUGAAUGUGCGCGAACGUGACCUGCUCUCAUUGAUACGCUCGACAACGCUAUCGCUGACGAUGGCAGUGAGUCCGACCAAGUGGCACUUUGCGGCACAUAUGGGCCAGCUGUUGCGGGAUGCCGGCGAUAGUCUGAUCACUCCGAUGGGCUGUUCACACCUGUGGCCCAGCUGUCCGUACAGCUCGAAGAAACUGCUCAAACUGACCAACGUCGUCCAAUUGGAGUGAGAAACGGACCCCAGACUCACUUCCGGCGAGGCGCAUGGAAUAACACAAACGAAAUGAGGGAAAAACGUCCAGCAAUACAUCAUCCUGCCAAUGGUUAUGUUUUCGAACUGUAAAUAUUUGAAGCUCCACCCCGAAGGUCAACUGUUUGCUGUUCCCAGAGUCAACUUAGCGGUUCGCAGGGGGUGGGCCAGCGACCAGCCGGUCAGCGGAAUUAUCAUUGUUGUAAAUUGAAUCGCUCCGAAAUUGAACGCCAUUAUCAACGCCUGACAAAUGAUUGCAACUGAUUGUGAAUGCAUGUAAUUUGUACAUGUUUGUGUGUGUGUGUGUGAUUGUGCGACUUUUUGCUCCACACAAAAUGAUUUGGAAUUAAUAGUCCAAAUAUAUGAAAAUGUGAUUUUAUGCUAACAACUGUAAAUAUAGCCGAUAAUGUUGAGAUAAUUGUUUCGCUUGGCGCAAACAAGAAUUAAUAAAGCGUUGUAAAUAG